GCUUGGUAAACAUUACACAAGUGGGUUUGUGAGCUUGUCUCGUCCGUCUGUUGUUGUAUAAGCUCUGACAUAACAACGGACUGAACUGCAACUAACUCAGAGUCUACUUUCUUUUAAUUCCCAGAGUUCAGCGGUUUUACUGUCACGCGAGGAAACAGCAGUGUGGUGUGGAAGUGUGGAAGCUGGAAAGAUGCUGAGGGCCAUGGGCAAGUUGGUGUUUGGAGGUUAUGAGAAUCCAAAGUUUACUCCUCAAGAAAGUAAGGGAGAGGACUAUGAGGUGCGGACCUAUCACACCACACAGUGGAUCAGUACUACAGUCAGUGGCAUCGAGCAGGAUGAGGCCUUAAGCACUGGCUUUAAGAGACUCUUCAGAUACAUCCAGGGAAAUAAUGAAAAGCAGGUGAAAGUGGACAUGACUUCCCCGGUGACCUGUCUCAUUAAUCCUGGAGAGGGACCAUCGUGUGAGAGCUCCUUCACUGUGUCCUUUUACCUCCCCGAGGAGCACCAUUCCGAUCCGCCCAAACCCAGCAUCCCUGAAAUCUUUGUCGAGAACAGGAAGGAGUUCACCGUCUUCGUCAGGACAUUUGGAGGCUUUGCUAACAGUCAGAACACCCGUGAUGAGCUGCUAAACCUGAUUGAGAGCUUGAAGAGGGAUGGAAUGAGCUUCAAAGAGGCUCCCUACUACCGCGUGGGCUAUGACAGUCCCUUCAAGCUCGUCAACCGCAGAAACGAAGUCUGGCUCAUAAGGGAGGACGGAAAGGAGUGAGUCGGAGCGUUGUUUACAGGUCGUGUCGGAGAAAAGGUCAAAAUCUGGUUUUGGAUUUCCUUCUUCUGAAUUCUGUCGUGCCUGAAAAAGUUACUAAUGAGAGUGUGUUGAUUUGAAUAGUCAUGAAAGUAAUCAGGAGUCUUCGGGUCCCCGUGUAUUCGUUUCAUUAAUUUGUCUAGUAUGAGAACAGGUACCAUAAAAUCCUCACAUAAAUGGUUGUAUCUACCAGCACUGUCGAGCUACAGGAUGUAACUGUCUACAUUCCUUUUUUUUUUUUUUUUUAUUGUGUCUUGGUGCUUUUGUCGUGUGACAUUGAAUGUAUUAUUACAGAUUUUUUUUUUUUAAGCCAGUUGAGAAAAUGCAGAAGAUUGCAAAUUUGAAUCUCAGCCAUGACACGGUCACCUGGCCGGGAGCUAAGGGAGCGAAAUUUGAUGUGCUCUUUGGGUGUGGGGUUUCUGUCUCUAGCCAAUUGUGGGUCUCUGUGAGCUCAUGUCAUCCACCAUGUUGUAAACACACUUUAAAAAAAAAAAAAAAAAAAAUUCUUCUGAGUGUGUUCCACUGCGCUGUGAUGCAGCAGCAGUUUGAAAAGAUCUGUUUGGCUGGCAUCACGCGUCUCCGAGGAAGCCUUCACCCUCCCUGGGUGGUAGUUAUGGUAUAGGAGAGAGCUGGAUGGGAAUUGGCAGGUGAGCAAAGUGGGUAGAAAUUUGUAGGUGGUGAUGGUAGGGGGAGGGGCUUACAAUUCAGUUCAUCUCUCAUUGGUUAUUAGGCAUUCAGACAUGAUCAAAGUCAAAGGUGAGACCGCGUCUCACUAUUAAAGGUAACAAACGUCGAAUAUGUUUAAUAUUAGUGAUUUUAAAUCGGGCUGGCCGUGACUGUUCUCGGAGCAUACUGGAGGGGUUAAUAUUAGCCGGACCACUGGAGUCACAUGGAUUACUUUUACGAUGCCUUUAUGAACUUUUUGGUUACUUGGACUGUAAAUGGAGGGACAGAAAUCUCGCAGGUUUCAUUAAAAAUGUCUUCACUUAGGGUUUGGAAGGACGUGAGCGUGAGGGAGCGAUGACAAUGUUCAUUUUCAUUGGGUGAACUAACCCUUAAGUACUAAGAGAGUGCACACAAAGAUUUAAUCCUAAUUUUAUCAAUGAAAUUUUCAGUUUAUGAUUGAUUAAUUAAAUGUAAAAUGAUAUCACACUGAUUCCACUACAACAAUGGAGGAUUUUGAAUCUCAGAUGUAACACGUACGCUUUCUGUAAUAAAUAUCGCUGUUCUACACGAA